ACUGAUCUAUUCACUAUAGAAACAACCUGUUUAUCUUCUCUGAAGAAGAAAAACAAGAUGUGCUUUCCGUGGUGGGAGUAUAAAAAAAUAUAAUAAAAUCCUGUUUUCCUUGUCUGUGGGAAUUGGGGGGGAGGAGUUGUUUUUGCUUAAGUAACCUUUCCAAAUUACUAAAUUUUCAAAUGUAUUGGUUUUUUUUAUUGUCAUGUCCCACAUUGCCCAUCUCCUUUUUUUCCUUAAUAUUUUGUGCUACUAGAGGAAAAAUGCAUGAAAAAUGAGGGUUUGAGCCUUAACUAGGAAUUCCUAAUGCUGCCACGGUACAAACAAUAUCAUUGCUACGUGGUGUUGCCACAAAGGGCAAUAGUAUUGUAACCCAUGCUUGAUUAUCAGAGAAGUUCACAUGUACCCAACUCUAAUAGUAAUGCAAAGCUAAAAAAGUUAAGUAACUUCCCAUCUUUGCAGAAUGUUGGAAAAUACCUGAAUGUGUCAUUACAAAGUGAAGAAACCAUUUAUUUUUUUAAUGGUUAUUUUCUCAAAUUGUCUUUCAGAAGCUGGAUGUGACAGCCGUGUUGUGGCUUGAAGCUGUGAUAAUGUUAGCUUCCUGCAGGUCUUCCAGCUUUACCCAUUCACUAAAAUAGUGAUUUGACUUCCAUUAAACACAAUAGGUGGGUACUCAGACAAAAGAACAAAAUGUUUUAAAAGUUACCAUGUGAUGUGUGCCAAAAUACUGCUGCAAAGCACUGAAAAAUGAGCCGUGCGUGCUCCUUCCUUAGAGUACCAUCGGGGGUUACAAAUACAUCAUCUCUAAGAGCAGUUUUGGCGUGUUAGGCAGGGGAGCAUCAUUUCUGUCAGUAACUUGGGCAAAAGUUUGCUAAACGUGUUCAGUAGCUACAGGAGCUUGUCUAAUUGGAGCCUCAGUGUGCUGGCGUGCACAAUUCUGUGCCAAUUUUGAGGGCCUGAAAAAAAGAAAGACCACGAUGGUGAGGACAGUAACAAAGCAGCUUCAGAUAAAUACAUUUCAGUCACUUGUUACCCUGGCAGAUAAAAUCAGUUGCCCGAGCAAAUUCUAAUGAGGAAGCUUAAAUAAAAGAUGCAAGAUGCAAAUUGGUGGAUAUUUCUCAUGUGUUGCAGCAGCUGGAAGGAGGAGGUCCAAGGUGGCCGCUUUGGAGGCCCGUUAGGUGUGUGUAAGGUAGUGCUGAACCAGCAAGGCCUGUGCUGGGCCUCAGCUUUUGCUGCAUCAGUCGCCGUAGCCUGUGACCUAAGGACCUUUAGAAGUUGCUGAGAUGAUACCGUCUGUCUCAGCUGGUCCAUUUUGUUUGUGUAGAACUGCGUUUGCUUACCGAAUAUUUCUAAUAAGGGGCAUGGGUUUUGUGUGAACAUCUUAGUCAACUCGUUAAAGCGAGGUAGCGUAUUCCUGCUGUUCAUUAGCAACUGUCCUGCUUACUCAAUUGUAAUUGCAAGGCCAAAAAUCUCCACUUGCAGUUAUGUAGUCAACUGAAGGCAAAGAUACAGGUAUAGCUGUGGACAGGAUUUGGCCUGAAACAUUAAUUGUAAGGGUCUCAGCAUGACUUUCAUAUUCCAGAUUAAUUUUGUGAGACUGGCAGUUUGGAAACAGUUUUACUUACAACAUCUGAUAAGGACUCAUUAAUACUAAAAAAAAAAACCAGAGGUACCAGUUCAGGUCAGGCAUGCAGUCCAGUUACAGCCGGUGUCUGUUUCUGAUAAGGGGAAAUAGUGGUUCUGAAAGAAGGGGUUCUCAGCUUUUUUGGGGGCUGGUGUGGUUUGUCUGGUUUUUAAUACAUUCCUUGGCAUUUGCUCAUUGAUUCUGGCCCUCGGUCUUUUUUUAAAUUGAGCAGAGCUGACAUGUUGUUCUUCAUAGCAGAGUCUGCCCUUUGGUAUUUAAUUUCUGAUAGUUUUUUGUUCCAGAGUCUAGACAAUUAACCAACUGUUUUCAAACACUGCCAUCUUUCUACAGUUAAUUUUAAAAAUGCUCUUAUGUCAGCAUACUUUUGAAAACUUGUCAUCUUUCCCUUUUAUCUACAAAUGUUUAAUCAUUUUUUGAUCUUGAUGUGGUUUGUUUUCAUUUUAUUUCAUCCCUAAUCCACUGAAGAAACUAAACACCUAAUGUUGUGUCCUACAAAGUCCUAGCACCUUAAGAAGCUGCUUUGAAAAAGCCUGGUGUACGUAAUCCCCCACGUGACACUGUUCAUGUGGUGACAGGCGAUGGGCACCGCAGAGCAUGCGACCAGGGCUGUCCUUUGGGGGGGUUCUCUUAAUCAGCUGCUUGUGGGUCCUUGAGGGACUGAGCUGGAGGUCCCAGCAAAGUCUGUUGGGUCAACCAGCUGGAAUGGCACAGUCUGCACUCGGAGCCAGCUGCUCCUGCCCUUCCCUUUAACCCUGAGUAGCAUCCUGUGGUCCUGAAGCCUGCGGCUGGCUCCUCCUGGCCGCCCCAGUGCAAACUUGGGGGCACAUAAAGAGUUAUGGGGUCACUUUGAAUGGAAGAAAAUGUCAAGCGCUCAACUCUGCUUUUUUUGUUAACAUAAUAUGCUGACGUGGAAAAUGCUACUACAAAAUGGAUCUGAGGAAAGAGAUAGUCCUUACUUCAGCAAGUUUUGAGUCCCACAGAAGACUCGAUGGAGUUUUCUGGAGCUCCCUGGAUUUAUGUGUUUUGAAGCAUGUCCUUGUCUGCCAGCAGCCGUCAGUGCCAGAGCCUGCCUUCCCAGCACACGCGGACAUGUUGUUCGUAACUGGAAGGUGAGAUGGUUUGUUCUGCUUCAGGAUAAGCUGCUGUAUUACAAAAUGGAAGGAGGCAAGAAGGAGCCUUAUCCAAAGGGCAGGAUCAUUCUGGAUGGCUGCACUAUUACUUGUCCGUGCCUGGAAUAUGAGAACAGACCGCUACUCAUUAAACUUAAGACAAAAACCAACACAGACUAUUUCCUUGAAUGUUGCUCCAGGGAGGAGCGAGACUCUUGGGCUUUGGACAUCACUGGUGCUAUUCAUGCUGGUCACCCUGGACAGGUACAAGAGCUCCACAAAAUGAAGAACUCCUUCAAACUACUGGAGAAUAUCAGUCUCCACCACAUAGUGGAGAAAAUGUGUGACAAUGGUACUGGAAUUAAGCGGACCCGCAACUUGGAGCAAGGCAGCAGAUACAAAGAGACCUUCACAGGUUCUGCCCUGGUGGAUUGGCUCAUCUCCAAUGGCUUUGCUGUGUCACGAUUCGAGGCUGUCACCUUGGCGUCCAUGUUGAUGGAGGAGAACUUCAUCAAGCCGGUGGGAUCCCGCAGCACCGAGGCCAUGCGCUGCAGUGACCUCUCUGAGCAGUUCCUUGAUGACUCCACUGCCCUGUACAUGUUUGCUGAGAGCAGUAAUAAAAAUACCAGUUCCAGGGGAGAGCUACAAUUUAACAUCGCUGAAUUAAGUGGCACAAUUGUGAAGCAAGGAUUCUUAGUGAAGCAGGGGCAUAAAAGGAAAAACUGGAAGGUGAGGAAAUUUGUUUUGAGAGCUGAGCCUGCUUUUUUGCACUACUAUGACCCCACUAAGGAAGAAAACAAACCAGUAGGUGGAUUUUCUCUUCGUGGUUGUCUUGUCUCAGCUCUAGAGGACAAUGGAGUCCCAGCAGGAGUGAAGGGCAAUGUGCAGGGCAACCUCUUCAAAAUCAUCACCAAAAAUGACAUUCAUUAUUAUAUCCAGGCCAGCUCCAAGGCAGAGCGAACACAGUGGAUUGAGGCAAUCAAACCAUUGACAUGAGUAAGGUGAACUCCAUGACAAAUGACAAGUCACAUUUGUGACCAAGUUUCCUGCUCUCAUUGUCUGGGAGUGUUGUUUUUCCCUUAGAUAGUCUAUUCUUGUUAUUUGUAUCACCAUAGCACCUAGUAAUUCCUGGCAGAUCCUAGGUGCCUCGGAGUCAUGUAGAUUCAGAAAAAUUCCCCACCAAGAACUUACCAUCUCACCAAGAGACAAAAGACAACAGGUGGAUACAGAUAAACAGGACUUUACAAGGAAACAAUGAGAUGUAAUAUUCCAAGAUGGAAGAAAAGAAUUCUUUUGUACAAGUAUUCAAUCUAUAUCUGACAGAUCCAGGUUGUGCUUUGUCCUAAAGCAGAAAUGUCUUGCUCCUUUCCCCUUUAUGAAGGGACUCAUAAACUUAAUUAGUUAAGACUAACUGAAUCACGGUCAUGAAAGGUCCUGGUGUCUGAGGCUGCCUUUCUUGGUGUGGAAUGUCUUACCACAAGUGUCUUGUGCUAAGCCACAAUCCAGCUACCAGGAUAGUCACUAUUGCGAAACAAACCGGAGGGUCUGUCUGUCCAUCCAUCUGCUCUACCAUUUGGUUCUUUCUUAGGCUAGAAAAGACCAAAGGAUCUGGCGAGGAGGAUUCUCCAGUAUAUAGAUUAUUCUUGUGCUGCUGGUAAUGGCCUAUCGCAGUACCGGAUCCCAAGUAUCAAAUCAAACCAGUGGCAGCUAUUCCAGACAAUCACUCAUGCUGAAUAUAUUGGAAGAAAUCACUCAGCCAUAAAAGCAAGGCUUUUACUCCUGAUUACCACCAUAAGUCCAUUUCUGUGGAGCACCAUUGGGACUGAGAACUCUAAUAGCAGUUCUGACUAUUACUUUUUCUAUUAUAAGCCAUUAAUUUUUCCAUUAUUUGUCUAAUACAGUUGACUUUGAUAUUAUUAAAGGCACUGAACUCUUUUUUAUA